CGCACGAUAUUUUAAAUUUUGAAAAAAUGAAGCACAAAGGAUUCGAUCUAGAAGUUUCUGCAAUGAGGUGGAGUUUGCUUCUUUUGGGUCUUCUGGAACUGCGAGUCAAUGGUCAGUACCUGCAGUCGCCAUGUCCGAACAUCUUCACCUAUCAGCUGGAUCCGUCGUCGAGGGAAAUAUUUGGUUACGUCGAAAUUCCGGAUCUUCGCGUGGGCGAUGUGGCCAAGCUCAAUGUGGAACUUUCGAUUGCCGCCGAACUGACGAAUAAUAACUACGGUUCCAUUGCGCUGAUCAAAACGCGUGAACAAACGGGCAAGGACAUCCUGAAGGGACUGCCGGCUCAGUACCGGAUAAACUUCCCACGGAGAGACGUGAUUCCAUCGAUGAAGAUGAUCAAACUGAACGACAAGAUCAUUUGCAGUGGGUAUCGUGCCCAGGGUCGGUUGGUGACCACGGUCCGCUUGGCGCACACCCUGCAGAUCAAGUUCAAAACGGCGAGCAUCGUUACCCAACGGGUCAUCAACGGGGAGCGUCAGGUUCCGCAAAUCGGAACCAUGUUGAAUCAGUUUGAUGCUCUUACGAGGAUUCAACAGAAUCCAGUGGCGCUUCCAGUCAAUUAUAGGGUUUGUGGCAAGGCAGUGACCGACAUUUCCGUUUCGUUGUCGAUCAACGGGAAGCGUUGCGAGCCGGGACAGUUCCCCUGGAUAGCGGCAAUCUACUACAGAAGUCCGCACCGGGGCGAAAAGCCGAUCUACAUCUGUGGCGCCACAAUCAUCAACCCGCGUCACCUCGUCACCGCUGGGCACUGUGUCUUCCUGGCGGAUGAGCUAAUCCGGCCGGAGCGAUUGCUCACGGCGGCCGGAAUCCACAACAUUGACAACUUUUUCGAGGAAACGGCCGUGUUCUCCAACGUGAAGCAAAUCUUCCCACAUCCGGCGUACAUCGACGAAGAUUCGCUGAACGAAGCCGACAUUGCCGUGAUACGCCUGGUGAAAACCCUCGUCUACACGCCUUACAUUCUGCCAAUUUGCCUCUGGAAAGGCGACGACAGCCUGGAUAAGGUGGUCAACAUGGACGGUCUGGUUGCGGGUUGGGGCGUUACCGAGAAGGGCACCACCGUCAUUCCAAAUUACUUCCGGGCGCGGAUCGUCAGCAAGCGGCAGUGUAGUGCAAAUCUGGGCCGGACGUACUCCCACAAUACGAAGAUCUUCUGUGCCGAUGGGCUUGGUGCGGGACCUUGCAACGGUGAUUCGGGGUCGGGAUUCGUGAUGCGCCGAGGUGAUCAUUACUAUUUGCGAGGGUUGGUGUCCCGGGGGAGAGUUGAGCAUGAUACGUUAAAGUGUGACAUCAAAAAGUACGGCAUUUACACCGACAUUGCUCCGUUCCGGUUUUGGUUGAGAGAUACCAUUGAGAUUCCUAACUUUGGUUGAGAGGGGGUUGUGAAACCAUUUGACGCUAUUAAGUGAU